CUCGACUCGUUUGGAAUAAGCUCUUUCGCUAGCGGAAGAGCGGAGGCGAAGUUGCUGCUGCUUCUGAACUGAAGCCAGAGAGGAAUGAACAAGCUUGUGUGGAGUGAUGUUCCUGCUAAGAAGCUGAGACACUUCAAGAACAUGCAAGAACAUGAGCUCGUCAGAAGACUGCCACUCCUUACGACACCGAAAGAAUCCUGAGAGAACAUGCCGGGUCAUCGCUGAGGUCCGACCAGAAUUGAAAAGGCCUGCUUCCAAACGGACAGGUUCCACUACGGACAACUCCAAAGAAGCUCCUGCACCUCCUGAUCCCGGUCCUGCCAGUGCAGAUGGACCCCUUCCAAAGAAAAAAACGAGAGGAAAGGUAAAGAAGUUUGUCCUUCAGCAAACUGGAGCUGAACCAGCUGUGCCUUCACACUCGGCCACUCACACUGCUGUGAAUGGACGUUUAUCUCCAAGCUCGAAUGGCGUUGGACCAGCAGUGCCUCAACAAACCACAGCGUGUCUUCAGAAGAUGACAAGACCUCAAAGGGGAAGAAGAAGGAAAGGAGAGCCACCUCCUGAGCAGGGAGACGGCUCAAAUGUAGGUGCUAAUGGGCCGUCAUUAGAAAGACUGGACAGUGGCCCCGCUGCCCGUUCGGCAGAGACUGAGGAAACCCCCCGGAGAAAAGCCAGAGUUAGACGGGGUCGGAGCACUGAACGAACUGCUGAGCUCCGGAGCCCAACAGAAACCUCCGCUGCCGUUCACUCACAUGCUACACUAUGUUCUAGUCCUCAGCAGGAUGCUUCUCCUUUACCCAGUGAUCUCAGCCCCGGCCCCAGUACACCCAAACCCCGCCGGGGCCGGCCUGGUCCCAUGCUCAGCUCCACGCCUCUGGGCACUGCGUGCCUUUCCCGAAAGCCUCCAGACACAGGAGAGACUACGAGCCCGCAAAGCCACACUGCAAAUGGCCAUCGGAAGGAACCAAAGCCAAGUCCAGUGAAGAGAAGUCCGUCAGAUGUUCCUGCACGAAAGACAACGAGAUCCCGCAAGCCUCGAGCUCCAGACAAGAGCAUAACUCAGCAGAAGGAGAAGAGGAAGAAGAAAGAGCAGGAGGUGUGUGAUGGACCGCCAGUCAAACGUCAGAGGAAGAAGGGAGGGACAAAGGCGAAGCCACAGGACCAGCCAGCCCACCGGGUCAGACCACGCUUCGAGCUCCACGAUUCUGAGCUCCAGGAACCUGAGCUCCAGGAACCUGAGCUCCAGGAGACAGAGCAGAACUUGUCCUCUGACCUGUCCAUCGAGCUGAGCCUGAUGGAGGAGCCGGAAAUGAUCAACCACUCUCUGUCCCUUCAGGAGGAUGAGGAGGAGGAUGAAGAGGAGCUGCCCAGUUUCUUAGAACAGACCAAUAACCAGCCUUCCUCAAUCAGAGAGGGGCUGUGUGUGUGGUGUAAACUCAGGAAAUAUCCUUUUUGGCCUGCCAUAGUUAAAAGCGUGAACCACAAGAAUAAAAAAGCCAGCAUUGUGUUCAUCGAUGGAUGUCUGUUUAAUAAGAAGACGAUCAGAAAAGGCUUAACUGUGUCUUUGAGGACGCUGAAGCCGUUUGACUGCAAGGAAUAUGAUCAGUUUGUGGAUAUUGCCAAAGAGAAGUACGGGGCUUCCUUUACCUGGUGUCUGGAGCUCAUUUCGGACUACAGAAUCCGCAUCGGAUGUGGCUCUUUUGCUGGUUCCUUCAUUGAAUACCUCGCUGAUGAUAUCAGUUGCCCUGUGAGGAUGCGGUACCCCGAGGGGUCGUCUGAGCUGGCCUUUCCCAGCCAGCAGCUGCUGAGCGAGGAGCAGGACGGCGAGGGCGAACGGGCAGAAGAACCCGACGAGGAGCAGAGCAGACAGCCCGAUGAAGGACACUCAAAAAAGCUUCUGCCCGACCGAGCGCUGGCCGCCCGCAACCGUGCCAACGAGAGGCUGGUGGACUUCAUAGUGAAGAAACGUGGAGCGGAGAAUCGCUUAAAGGCAGUGAUCAGCGGUCAGGAGCCGUCCAAGUGGCUGCAGGCGCUGCAGAGCUGCAGCCGCUCAGUGGGGGGGCUGUACCUGGAGGAUGACAGGCAGGUGGAUAAGGUUUACUCCUACCUGAACAAGCUGUGUGAGGCUGCAGUCAAAACCAGCACCGGAGUGGAGAAUACGGACCGCAUCCGAUUCAUUCUGGAUGUGCUUCUGCCCGAGGCUAUUAUUUAUGCCAUAGCUGGAGUGGACCGACUGUCUCUGGACAAAGCUGAGGAGAAAUAUCGGCGAGGGCCGCAACACAGUAACAGAGAACGGGAGGAGUUCGAUAUGAUGAUCGAACAGCAGAUGAGGGUGAAGGCGAUCGCGGCGAAGCCGUCACCGUGAUGACGCCCGACUGCUGGAGUUUGUAACAGUGCAGUAAUGGACGUUUCUUUGCUCUGCAGCAGAAGCAGCUCUCAUGUUCCCUAGAGCUCCUCCUGCUGCACUCACUUCUCUGCACUUACGUUCUUGUUGUAAAUCACAAUCAUGUGACCCCAAAGGUAGAUGUUCUCAUUAAUGUAAAGAGUUAUUUUUAAUAAAAACAGUCCUGAACCUUUCUGAAUUCGUCCGCCAUCUGAAAUAUGAAUUCAUAUUCAUUUUUUACUCUGACAGUAUGAGAAACGCAGACUCAGAGCUGUCCAUGCAGAUUGUAAAUGUAAUUAUUAUUAUCUCAAAAAAGUGCACAAUUAGUGCAUUUAUUAGUGUAUUUGGUUUUAAGUGUGUAAUGAAAUAUGUAAAUAUGUAAUUAAAGGGCCCAUAUCCUACUG